CUCUGCUUUGACUUGGUAAAGAGACUUGGAAAACCAGAUGGAACAAGGAAAUUUUUUAUGAAUAGGAAUCUAGAUGAUGUCAGGCGCUGAAGAAAUUAAGGUAGAUAAAGACACUGCAAAUCCAUCAAAGGCCUGGGAGAGAAUCAGAAUCCACCAGCAGCACAUCAGAUGUCCCCUGCCAGACCCCAUUACCCUUGUCACACCUGACAAGAUUCGAUUUGUCUGCAUCUCUGACACCCAUGGAAAGAUUGAGAGGUCAGGAUUACGUAUGCCUCCCGGAGAUGUGCUUCUUCAUGCUGGAGACUUUACAAUGAAAGGACAGCUAACAGAAAUUGAGAAAUUCAACUCAUACUUAGGUUUUCUGCCAUACAAGCUUAAGAUUCUUGUUGCUGGAAACCAUGAUUUAACCUUGGAUGAGGAACUCAGUGAUUCAACUUUGCGAUCUUUUGGACUUCAGCAUUCUGAGAUUGAGUCAUACCUUAAAUCCAGGGGACUUAAAUCUGUAAAGGAAAUGUUAACAAAUGCAGUAUAUCUCCUAGAUUCCUCAGUCAGUAUAUGUGGGAUCAAGCUUUAUGGUGCACCUUGGUCACCAAAGCACUUCAAGAGAAUGGCUUUUCAGUGGCGUAGGGGACAAGAAUUAAAGAAAUGUUGGGACAAAAUACCAGAAGAUACUGAUAUAUUAAUGUCCCAUACCCCUCCUUGUGGACAUGGGGAUCUGACCGGUGGAAACAAUAACGUAGGCUGUGUAGAACUCCUUAAUACAGUACAGAAACGAGUCAAACCAAAGUACCAUGUGUUUGGACACAUUCAUGAAAGUUAUGGGGUGACCUCAGAUGGGUUCACGACCUUUAUCAAUGCUUCGACCUGUACUAGAAGAUACAAACCCACCAACUCACCUGUUGUGUUUGACUUUGACAUUCCAGAGGGGCAUAGUAAAGAAGAACUUCUACACAUGAAGAAAAAUUCCUGAUUUUUAGCUCACCUGAGCCAAAGGCUCAAGUGAGCUUUUCUGAUCAAAAUUUGUCCGUUGUCUGUCAUCGUCGUUGUCGUCGUUGGCGUCGUCGUAAACUUUUCACAUUUUCAUCUUCUUCUCAAGAACCACUGGGCCAAAUUCAACCAAACUUGCCACAAAGCAUCCUUGGGUAAAGGGGAUUCAAGUUUUUUCAAAUGAAGGGCCACGCCCUCUUUCAAGGGGAGAUAAUUAGGAAUUAGUGAAAAAAUAAUGGCAUCAUUUAAAAAUCUUCUUCUCAAGAACCACUGGGCCAGGAAAGAUGAAACUUAUGUGGAAACAUUCUCAGGUAGUGUAGAUUCAAGUUUGUUCAAAUCAUGACCCCCGGGGGUAGGGUGGGGCCACAAUGGGGGAUCCAAGUUUUACAUAGAAAUAUAUAGGAAAAUAUCUUUAAAAAUCUUCUUCUUAAGAACAGUAAAGCCAAGAUUGGUCAUAUUUAUAUGGAAGCAUCCUCAGGUAGUGUAGAUUCAAGUUUGUUCAAAUCAUGACCCCCGGGGGUAGGGUGGGGCCACAAUGGGGGAUCCAAGUUUUACAUAGAAAUAUAUAGGAAAAUAUCUUUAAAAAUCUUCUUAAGAACAGCAAAGCCAUGAUUGGUCAAAUUUUUAUGGAAGC